CAAGGGAUGUAGGAAGUGUAGGGUGCAACAAGACAGGGGCUCUAACGUACUCUUUUGCACUUUCAACAGUAAUAUCCUUUACAGGUGUAGACGUAUGCUGCUCCGAGAUCAGACGACAGCCGGUUUUAUGGGUCCCGUCUGCCUGGGUGGGUCCUCCGGUGCCUGACAGUAGGCUGCCUACCUACCUACCUUGGGAGUUUUGUUUUGGUCUUCACCUCUUGUCCUUUUCUGAAUUUUUUUCUCUUCCUGAUUUUCAUCAUUCCAUCAACGUCGAUUUUUUCUUUCUUUGAAUUCAACAAAAAUUGACAUCAUGACACAUCAGCCCGAACACCCCCCCGGAUCCCUCCCGGGACCCCCUUCAGGAUCGUAUAUGGGACCGGUAAUUGUCCCGAGAUCUCCGUCCCAUGACGAGAGCAAGGCGAGCGUCUAUGACGUCUCGAGAGAGGAUUCGGCACGCGGCGCCAGUAUGAAUCCCAAACACCAAACAUCGACCCCCGUCACCCAGUCACAGUCACAGUCACAGCCACGAUCGGACGGGAAAAUGGCCAUCAGCCGCAGCAUGCUCGAGGCCAUGCUCGCAGAGUGGGCGAAGAACGGCCGCCCCCGGUUGCCCGUCAGCGAAGUCUAUCACGUCAACUGGGCCGAGGAGAAAAAGCCGGACACCGUGGAAGAGGCCGUACUUCAGGAGAUUCUCACCGUGUCCAAUAUGCUGAUGAUGUCGGACCUCUACCACGUCAUGACGGAAUCACGCCGGAGGGCCUACAAUGGCGCCGCCGGCGCGAAGCAAAAGGAACUCGCAGUUGACAUCGCCAACUUCGUGACCCUGGUCCACAUAUGGCAUCAUUUCUACAACCACAAGAACCCCGUCGACUUCCCGUGGAUGAAACACCGGCCCAAACCUACGUCAGGCGGUCCCGAUGAUGGCUACCGCGGCUUCUUGCGCAUGCGCGAGCAGACCGCCAAGGCGCGCCCGGCGAUGCCGGCGGCCUCACCCCAGGCCAAGCCAGCUUCGUCGUCCCAGGUCAAGCCGGUCUCUUCUCCAUCCCAAACCAAGUCGACACCGGCGGCGCCCGAAGCCAACAACGCACCGCCGCUACCGAGCCAUCCUCCGUAUGGUGGCUACUAUGACGGCCACUAUGGCGGCCAUCCGGCGUACAGCCAUCCUGGCUACGCGUACGGGGCGACUCCAAUGGGGCCGCUGAUGCAGCAGACUGGCAUGCCACCGCAGGGCUACCAGCAAGCCUAUGGCUACGGGUACGACUAUGGUGUACAACAGCCCGUCAUGCCCCCGCAGGGCCACCCGCAAGCCGAUGGAUUCGGGUAUGGAUACGGCACGCAGCCCGAGGGCGGAUGGCGGAGCGCUGAUCCGCAGUGGCGGCAGUGAGGUGAUGAGGUGGUGAGGUAGGGCUGGGACGGAGGCGGGCCCGUGUUAAAGUAUAUGUAGGAAUGGAGGUAUACGGAUUGCUCUGCUGUUCAUGAUGUGAUGGGGUGACUGCUCAUGAUGCGAUGAGGUGAAU